AUGGAAGAGUCACCAUAUGGUUCAAGAAGGCGAGACGAGACAGAUUUCAGUUUGAGAGAAUGGGCUGUGAAGGCUAGAAUCAGCCGUGAAAACACAAAUUCCAGAAGGUUUUCAGCUUCAUAUGUUAGAAGCUUCAGAGAGGACACAAGGUCUUUCAGAUCAAACAUAACCAUCUCUAGUACUGCUUCUUCUCCUGGCUAUAACUUAAGAGACGAAAUCGACCCGGCAACCUACUCAUUCACCACUGCCCUCAAAGCAUUGCAGGCAAGGUCAGCAUAUCAUAGUUGGGAAUCUUUGUCACCAGAUGGGUUUGCUUUGAAUUCUAAGUGGAAUGAAGCAGAGAAAUAUAUAUGCAACCCUCUAUCAGGGCAGGUUCCAAUGGAGUGUUUAUCUGCAAAAACACUUAGUGGAAGAUCGUUUCGAAACAUAACCAAUAGAAUUACACUGUCUGCACCUCUUGUUUACUCUUCCCACUCAAGACCAAUUCAUGCCAAGCCUUCUUCUAAUCCUGCAAAAGAAGAUUUUGUUUGUCAGUUUCCAAUUCCAGAGAAGAAAAGAGAAGGCACGACCAGAGAUGUGGGGACUCAAAGCACACCUCCUGAUAUGAGUUCAAGUAGUCCUCCUAGCUCUGCUUCAACCCCUUCAAUCAUAGAGAGAUCGUUAAACCGAUUCCGAGUAGGAGACUCGCCUAAAUCAAAUGCAAAAUUAAAAUCUGAUGAAGAGGUGGAAGUGAAAGAUACAAGAGAGCAAGAAGAAACAAAAAGAGAAAAGGAAGAGAGAAAGAAAAGGGAUGAUGAGCAACAGCACAGGCAAGGUGGGUGCUUGUCAUGGAUGAGAAAAAGGUACAGAGAAAAACACAAACCAAGAAAGAAGAAUAUCUUUCUUUCUCAUCUCAAAGGGUGCUGA